AUGAACAGAUAUAAUUAGUAUUCAUAAUAAGCUUGCGGCGGUUUUAGCUAAAAUACACUCAUGGGUAAUUGGAUGGAAGAGAGACUUGCUCCUAAAUAACCAUUCAGAGAUAUAACAUUAAAAAAGUUAAGAGAAACUGAUAAUGCUAUUAGCACUUAUGUUGACAAUGGUACUUUGUUACCUCUAAGAAGAUUGGAAAGAAACUCUGCCUGGCAAACUAAAGAGAAUAUUCCUAAUGAUAACUAUAAAGAAUUUAGAACCACAAACUAAACAUUUUUUGAUAAAAAACUGUUGAAUAAUUAUUUUGAAAAUGGAGAUUGUAGAAAUAUUACAAAGACAAUUCAAGAAAAGAAAGAUAUGCCUGAAAUUAACACAAUCACUAUGAUGACUCAUAAAAGUAAUAGCUACCACUUAGUAGGAAGACAUAACAUCAAGUAGCUUGAAAAAGAAAGAACUGCAAAGCAAAAUAUAGGAGAUUUUGGAUCUACUUUACGUAAACAUGAUGAAAUGCAUAGUAGAUUUUUGGAUAUGACAAGCUACUAAUAAUCUUUUUCUAGACCCUUAAAGUAAACACCUAAUGACAUGUAAUCGAAGUAAUAAAAAGAAUAAAAUUAACCAGCUGGCUUAAGUAUUUAGGCUAGCAAACCUCCUGAUUAAUAAAGAAAGAGAUUGCUCUCAUUAUAAACUGGAGAAAAAUUUUAAGAAGAGUAAGACCCUAAAUAUAACACUACUUAUUAAAGAUCUUGGGUUCCAAUUAAAAACACAGGUUUACAAGAGGCCAAAUAAAAUUUACAAAGAGACAGGACUAAAAAUUUCUCAGUUGGAAUUUCUUCAACAGUUGGGUUAGAAACUUACUUAAAAAAUGUUUCUUAAAGAUAAUCUGUAGAUAAUGCAACAAGUUUGCCAAUAGGAGAUGGAGAGUUUAGUUAAAAUGCUAAGAGAUAAAAUACUCCAGGAGAAUUUAGAAGAAUAAGAUCAGAUAUUACUAGGGUGAUGAAUACAUCUUUAUCAAAAAGAUGA